AUGCGAACAUCAUCAGUCCUCAGCGCCCUCGCGGCAUCAGCAAGCAUCGCUGGCGCAAACCAGACCUUCACCAAAACCGUCAGCUUCGUCAACGGUGCUCCGUCAUCCACUCCGCUGAGCUGUGGUGCUGCUGUCCACGAGUUUGCUGGUAUGGAGUGCCCGAGCGGCUGCCAUGCGGUCAAAAUCGCGUCGGGAUACGCUGCUGGGAAGUAUAGCUGCCAACCAGAAGCGGCCGCUCCUGUUAUCACCGCUCCUACAUCUGGUCCGAAAGCAGUGGUCUACCACAUGUCUUGCCGUGACAACCAGCACGAGAUCACUAAAGUGGACACCCUGGCUUAUGGCAAAACUUGGACGACGUGUGCUACGGUGACCACCGGGCAGACGAGUGCAGAGCUCGAACGCAUCCAGCAAGCAGACGAGAUAGUUCGCUCGGAUCGGUUCACCCAGACCACGAACAACACGCCGGCUCUUCACAGCUCGACUAUCAUCGGACUCAAGACCUGGGCAGCCAAGCUCAAAGCCGCCCAGGCACACCUACGCUUCGACCACACCACGGCUCAGAUAAUCUGGCGAGCUGUGAUCCGAGCGAAUCAUUACUGGUGCCCACCACUCGUCUCGAGCAUUCCACGCAGCCUGAAUCUGGUCCCAGCAGCCACAACAGACUUGGCUAGAGCUGCACAGGAAGAUAGCGUCUCGAUCCGCGCCAACCAGACUAGCGACUUACAGGCCCCUCCCCAAAAUACGGUUCUGUGUGUGGAGGACGAACUGACUCAUUUUAUACAAGAAGCGGUGGCAAGAGGCCAUCAGACGGAGCUAGCGCACUUGGCGAUGUUGCUCUGGGCGGAUGAGAGUCUAAACCAGAUUGUCGAUAGAGACGGGAUGCAAGAACGUAUUGAUCUUGCUUUCGACGGUCUGGAAUCUCGGUGGGAUGGCUACCAAGCAGUGUGGUUCUGGUCCAAGUCGACUACAGAUGAGUGGGCCGCGGGACAUCGACUAGCGGUUGUACAGGAUAUCUGGGACCAGGCAGAUUUUGAGGGUGAGACUGCUGCUGAGGUAGUCGUUGAAAGAGAUCAGGCGACUAUUCAGAUCGCCAAAGCUAUGGAGCCGUGA